CAGUUUAACCACAAGACUGUCAAGGGUAAUCUAUUAUUUUGAUCAUUUAUUCGUGUACAUAAUUCACCAUGAAGGUUCACACCUGGCUCUUGCUGUUCUACCUUGUACAUGUGUUGGACUCCCACUGAUUCUCGUAACACGCCUUGCUGUAUGUAAUCGGCAGCUAUAGAUAGCAAAGGAAAAGCUCCUUACAGCAGAGAAAUCUCUUACUAGUCACUUUCCACAAAUGGUACAAGCAAAGGUCUUAAUGAAAAUCCCUAUGUGGUAUUUAAUGCUAACUGUUGCUGGCACCUGUGUCACAGUGGCUGAGGAGGGAGACGAUAGUCCCAGGGAGAGAGGGUAGAAGUCUUGUGACCUCUGUCCCAGCAAGGUGUAUUUGUCAUAUUUGCCAAGACUCAGCGGCAGCCAUGUGUGAUAUGGGAGGACUAGAUAAUCUUAUAGCCAAUACAGCUUACUUGCAGGCCAGGAAAAGCAGUGAAGGGGAUCUGAGAGAGUUGCAGAAAAGGCGUAAGAGCCUGUCUUUGCCUCCGCCGGAUGCUUGUCGCAAGGAAAUAAAAGACACCAUUACUCUUGACUUUCAGAGCAUCUGUGUGGAUCAGCCCAUUGGCCGACGACAGUUCAGAGACUUCUUAAACUCAGUACCAGAGUACCUUAUGGUUCAGGACCUCCUGGAUGAAAUACAUGACUGGGAGCUGGAGGAGGGUUCUGCCAAGGAGCAGCUACUACAGUCUUUGGUGACCAAAAGGUUUAAACAGGAUUCUCCGGAUCGCCUCGCUUGUUUCAGCGAAGACCUUUCCAAACGCCUCCAGAAUGCCCAGGGUGCUGAGAUUCCACCACUGGUUCAGCUUGUCAAGGAGGAGGCAAAUGCUUACCUUGCAAAAGACCCAUUUGAGGCCUACCAAAACAGCAAUUUCUAUGACCGAUUCCUCCAGUGGAAAGCCUUUGAGAGGCAGCCAAUCACUCAUAAAUAUUUCUAUGAGUUUAGAGUGUUGGGAAAAGGUGGCUUUGGAGAGGUGUGUGCUAUACAAGUGAAGAACACAGGUCAGAUGUAUGCUUGUAAAAAGCUGGACAAGAAGCGUCUCAAGAAGAAAAAUGGGGAGAAAAUGGCCUUGCUGGAGAAGGAGAUCCUAGAGAAGGUUCACAGCCCUUUCAUUGUCUCUUUGGCCUAUGCAUAUGAGACUAAAACUCACUUGUGCCUAGUGAUGACCAUUAUGAAUGGCGGAGACCUCAAAUAUCACAUCUACAAUGUAGGAGAGAAAGGACUAGAGAUUAAGCGGGUGAUAUUUUAUUCAGCCCAGAUUUGCUGUGGCAUCCUGCACCUUCACUCUCUGAAUAUCCUAUACCGGGACAUGAAGCCAGAAAAUGUUCUUCUAGAUGACAAUGGCAACUGUCGUCUUUCUGACUUGGGACUUGCUGUUAAGGUGAAGGAAGGACAACCCAUCACUACCAGGGCUGGGACCAAUGGUUACAUGGCACCUGAAAUUCUGAAAGAUGAGAGUUACAGUUAUCCUGUGGAUUGGUUUGCAAUGGGUUGCAGCGUGUAUGAAAUGAUUGCAGCCCAAACACCUUACAGAGAUCCAAAGGAGAAGCCAAACAAGGACGAGGUGAAACGGAAGACACUGGAGGACCCGGUUACAUUUAACCAUCCAAACUUCACUACAGAGGCUAAGGAUAUAUGUAAACUCUUUUUAGCAAAGAAACCAGAGGAGCGAUUGGGAAGCAGAUCCAAUGAUGAUGACCCGCGGAAACAUCAUUUCUUUAGUUCAAUAAACUUCAACAGACUGGAGGCUGAGAUGGUGGACCCUCCGUUUGUCCCAGACCCGUCUGUGGUCUAUGCUAAGGACAUCGCAGACAUAGCUGAUUUCUCUGAGGUCAAAGGGAUUGACUUUGAUGAAAAAGAUAACAAAUUAUUCAAGAGGUUUGCAACUGGUGCAGUGCCAAUCAGCUGGCAACAAGAAAUCAUUGAAACUGGACUAUAUGAUGAGCUCAAUGACCCAAACAGGCAAAGCACUGGAAAAUUCUCGUUUAGCGAUGGUGAGAAAAAAUCAGGAGUGUGUUCCAUAAUAUAGUAAGCAUUCUCUGUAAAUUAGUGGCAGAAUGGGGCAUAUUUUUUAAGCAGUUUUAUUCAGAUAGCUGCAGAUAUCGUUUUCCUCUAGUUAAGUUCUCUCAAUGCAAGUCACUUGUUCACCAGAUCCCUCUGGAAAAGAAGUAAACAAGGUACUAUCUGAAAUUGUAUCGAAACACAGCUUAAAGGAUCAGGGUUCAGAGGUUGACUGGAAUCUAUCAGUUGCUGCCCAUCAAUGGCCUCAUUAGAGCACUCUGUUAUUUGAUGCUGUUAUGCACACUCAGAAGCUAGAAAACAAUGGGGGUUAGUUACUUACGAAAGGCAAAUCCACUUUGCACUUGAAAUUGGACUGAAAGUGCACUUGGAAGUGCCGUCGCUGUAAA